CGGGAGAAGCAUCCGGAUGCCUUCCUGACCUGACUCUUAACUCUUGGGGAGCAAGCUAAAAAAAUAAAAACAAAAGUAAAAGGGUGGGGGAGGAAGGAGGAAAUGAAACCCAGUUUAGAGCUGGGGAGGAAAGAGCAAACAAGAAACCACUCUUGAAGAGCUGAAAGAAGGGAGAUGUGGGGUUUUUACUGCCUGGAAGGAAUUCGCAGACUUUGCUUGGUGUGCUGAAUGCUAAAAUGGCUGCAGAAACGCACUGGAAGAGGUGAUCCGGCCCCAAAGGCAGAGCAAGAAAACCAUCCGGUGUUAAAAGAGUUCGGCCUCCCUUCGUGCUACGCGACACCACAACUGAGGCUAAACUGCAGAGUUGCAACCGGAGAAGCAAAAAUGUUCCCACCUGAGACUAAGGAGUCGCUGGAUCCCAUCGCUGUGAAGCAUGGCGAUGCUUGCCAGAAAAGCUGGUAACCAGCAGGAAGGACCCCUGGUCUCUGGAACGCCAUUAUGUGGAGCUGUGAAGCCCUCAAUGGUUCCAAAAACACCGAGGACCAGAAUCUGUGCCACGAUUUCCAUCUGGUCAUUUCCAUUUUCUCUUUGCUCUACCUCGUCAUCUGUUUCCCCGUCGGCCUUUGUUAUAACGGGCUCCUGGUCGUGGUCAACCUGUGCAACAAAGCUACGAUGACCAUGCCAGACGUCUACUUUGUCAACAUGGCCAUCGCUGGCCUCAUCAUCAACGCCAUCGCUCCCAUGUACCUGCUGGGACCCACCAGCACCAAGUGGGCCAUCUGGAAUUUCAACAACGAAGUCUACAUCACCUUGCUGAUUCUGUUCAACAUCUCCUCCUUGGUGAUCAUGUACUCCAUCGCCUUGCUCAGCCUGGACUACUACAUCGAGCGGGCUCUGCCGAGGACUUACAUGUCCAGCGUGUACAACACGAAGCACGUCUGCGGGUUCAUUUGGGGAGGGGCCAUGCUGACCAGCUUCUCCUCUCUCCUCUUCUACAUCUGCAACCACGUCUCCACCAAAAUCAUCGAGUGCUCCAAGAUGCAGAACAAGGAAGCCGCGGACGCCAUUAUGGUGUUCAUCGGUUACAUCGUGCCGGCCGUCGCUGUGCUCUACGCGCUUGUGCUGAUCUUGCGAAUACGCAAGGAGGCCACGCCGCUGGACCAAGACACUGGAAGGCUUGACCCCUCUGUGCAGCGGCUUCUGAUCGCUGCCGUUUGCACCCAGUUCACCCUCUGGACACCCUACUACGGGACCCUGCUGGUCAGCAUGCUGGCCGCCAUGCAAGGCAAAGGGGUGGAGGAAGGCUCUGGCCGCGCCCUGCACUUCACGAAGGGCCUCUCCAAAUUCCUGGCUUUCUCCAGCAGCGUCGUCCUGCCUUUGCUGUACCGGUAUCUCAGCAAAAACUUCCCGGGGAAACUGCAAAGGCUGCUGAAAAAACUGCACUGCGGGAAUCAGCCAUGUUCGCACGAACGCACAGUGGUUCAGCAAAUUGUCACGUAGGUAUGGAGGAACGCUGGGGGGGGGGGGGCGGGGGGGGGGCGCCGAGCUGAGACUGGAGGCUGCACAAACAUUGGUGCCUCGCCAUUCUAGGCCAACCUAGACUCUGUAGGGGAAACUGUUGGGAAUCCUGUCUGGGGGUUAAAAUCGUGGCUUGGUUCCACGAGUUUCGAUGCACUGAGUCGGUUCUGCAGGAUAAGCUUUGUUUUAUCAAUCUUGUGUGAAGAAGAAAAAAACCACAAAAACCCGCGGCAGGCUUUUUGACCGAACACCUAGCACUUUGUAAUCUUGUAGAAUUUAAAACAAAAAAGAGGUAUUUUUAUGUUUUCGUAUAAAAUAAUAUGAAUUUUAAAAUUUACAAAGCAGUUUUAUGUCAAGGUCCGAGCGGCACCUUUUCAGUUAGGAUAAUAUCCAUUAAUAAUCACGCUGGUCAAAUUGUGUAACAGCCUAGUUACGAUACUAAAAUUUUUUCCUAAUCUAGGAAGCUACGAUUUAAGCGAAAUACUUCUAACUCAGAAGGUUUGAAGGUUUCUCUUCGAAUGCAGCUGUGUUUCCCUCCAUUUACAAACGAACAAAACAAAUGGGUUUUCCCCGUUUUCUUUACUUUUCACUGUAAAAGCAUUUCAAUCAAUCAAAAGGAUGUAAUUUUGCAGAAAUCGUAGGAUGUUGCUAUGUCUAGUAAAAUGAAGGACAGUUUAAGAUGAAGUCAAGACUAAAGUGCCAACGAAAAAUCCAAUUGCAUUACAAAAGGGCACCUACUGAAUCACUCACAAAUAUUCCUUAGGACACACAAUGUUCUUUUUGUGGCUGAAUUAAAAGCAUGUUCAAAGUAUUAUUACCCAAAGAAUGUUUGCGAGAUAUUGACGGACCAAAGGGAUGGAAGAGAUAACACAAUGGUUGUGAAGGCACAACUUAGAGGCGAUUCACAGGGAACAAGAAGGAUUUCUUAUAAUUCUGGCCCUUGUUUUUAUGCUGCUUUGGAUUCUAGUUCUCUCCCUACUCAAUAGCGCCAUGUCUCUUCUGUCCCUUUGGUUGGACCUAACCACAAGCUAGCACGAAGAAGUAGGCUAGGCUAGGCUACUAAAAGCCAUAUUAUACCAUGUUAUCCCAGGCACACAUAUCUGCUCCACCCCACGAUCACCAGAAAAGCUGUCCAAGAGGUUGGGGGAUCCUCCAGAGGUCACCACGUCCUAGAAUAAGAGCUGGCAAAAGGGGUGAGAUGGCCUCCAACACAGGGCAACUGCUUUUCAGUUUAACUGGCUGCCUCCUAGGCAUAGCAGAACGAAAGAGUUGGAAGGGAUCUUGGAGGUCUUCUAGUCCACCCCUCUGUUCAAGCAGGAGACCCUCUACCAUUCCAGACGAAAGGCUGUCCAGUCUCUUCUUGAAAACCUCCAGUGAUGGAGCAGCCACAACUUCUGGUGGCAAGUCGUUCCACUGGUUAAUUGUUCUCACUGUCAGGGAGUUUUCUCCUUAGUUCUAGGUCAUUCUUGCUUCGUUUCCCUCCGUUGCUUCUUGUCCUGCCCACAGGUGCUCUG